CUCAGCCCAGCGGCGACAGCGACUGCAGUCGGGAGGGUCCAUUCUUGUGAUUCUCAAUGGAGAAUGAAAACAUAGAUUCAUAAUGAAAACCAGCCCCCAUCGGCCACUGAUUCUCAAAAGACGGAGGCCGCCCUUACCUGUUCAAAAUGCCCCAGGUGAAACAUCAGAGGAGGAGCCUAAACGGCCCCCUGCCCAACAAGAGCCUGGUCAAGCACAGGCCUCCAAUGAGGUGGCAGAGUCCACCUCUUGCAAGUUUCCGGUUGGGAUCAAGAUUAUUAACCACCCCACUAUGCCCAACACCCAAGUGGUGGCCAUCCCCAACAAUGCCAAUAUCCAGAGUAUCAUCACAGCAUUGACCGCCAAAGGAAAGGAGAGUGGCAGCAAUGGGCCCAACAAAUUCAUCCUCAUUAGCUGUGGGGGAGCCCCCACUCACCCUCCAGAACCCCAGCCUCAAGCCCAAACCAGCAAUGAUACCAAGAGGACAGAAGAGAUCACCAAGACUCCGGGACCAAAACCUGCAGCUAUGGAUGGGAAUCUUCCUAGACUACCUGGAGCCCUUCUCGGGCAGAGAUGGGAGAACUGUGCUGGCAGUGAGGCAGCAGGCUGCACUCUUAACACCAGCUUGACCAACAUCCAGUGGCUUGGAAAGAUGAGUUCUGAUGGCCUGGGCUCCUGCAGCAUCAAGCAAGAGAUGGAAGGAAAGGAAAAUCAGCACUUGGAGCCGAGUCAGGUUAAGGUUGAGGAGCUCCCAGGAGGAUCAACAUCCUGGCAGGACUCCGUGUCUGAGCGGCCGCCAUACUCUUACAUGGCCAUGAUACAAUUCGCCAUCAACAGUACCGAGAGGAAGCGCAUGACCUUGAAAGACAUCUACACGUGGAUCGAGGACCACUUCCCCUAUUUUAAGCAUAUGGCAAAGCCAGGCUGGAAGAAUUCCAUUCGCCAUAACCUUUCUCUUCAUGACAUGUUUGUUCGAGAGACGUCUGCCAAUGGCAAGGUCUCCUUCUGGACCAUUCACCCCAGUGCCAAUCGUUACUUGACCUUGGACCAGGUGUUUAAGCCACUGGACCCAGGGUCUCCACAAUCACCCGAGCACUUGGAAUCACAGCAGAAACGACCCAAUCCUGAGCUCCGCCGGAAUGUGACCAUCAAAACUGCACUCCCACUGGGCGCACGGCGGAAGAUGAAGCCAUUGCUACCCCGGGUCAGCUCAUACCUGGUACCCAUUCGGUUCCCAGUGAACCAGCCACUGGUGUUACAGCCCUCGGUAAAGGUGCCAUUGCCCCUGGCAGCUUCACUCAUGAGCUCAGAGCUUGCCCGUCACAGCAAACGAGUCCGUAUUGCCCCCAAGGUGCCGUUAGCUGAUGAGGGGGUCGCUCCUCUGCCCACUGCAGGGCCAGUGAAAGAGGAGAAAUUCCUGCUUGGAGAAGGGCUGUCUCCUCUGCUUCCAGUUCAGCCCAUCAAGGAGGAAGAAAUACAGCCUGGGGAGGAAAUGCCACACUUAGGGAGGCCUAUCAAGGUGGAGAGCCCGCCCCUGAUAGAGUGGCCCUCGCCGUGCCCAUCUGUCAAAGAGGAGCUGUCUCAGUCCUGGGAGGACGACUCCCCUCACUCGCCCACUCCAAAGUCCAAGAAGUCCUACAGUGGGCUCAGGUCCCCAACCCGGUGUGUGUCUGAAAUGCUGGUGAUUAAACGAAGGGAGGGGAGGGAGAUGAGCCGGUCUCGAAGGAAACAGCACCUACUACCUCCCUGUGUGGAUGAGCCUGAGCUGCUCUUCUCAGAGGCCCCUGGGACUUCAAAACCAGCCACAGAGCUCACUCUCCCUUCAGAGCCCUCUGUGCCUGCCUCCCAGCUUGGCUACUCCCAGGAGGAGGGAGGACCUUUUAAGACACCCAUUAAGGAGACGCUGCCCGUCUCCUCUACCCCGAGCAAAUUUGUCCUCCCCUUGAGCCCUGAAUCCUGGAGGCUUACACCCCCAGCCAAAAUUGGAGGGUUAGAUUUCAGCCCAGUACGAACCCCUGAGGGUACCUUUGGCCCCCUACCUGACUCCCUGGGGCUGACAGAUUUCAGUACCACCCCACUGAAAAGUAUCCCCCUCUUUGACUCACCCCAAGAACUCCUCAAUUCUGAGCCCUUUGACCUCAACUCUGACCCCUUUAGUAGCUGUUCCCCCUCAGAAAUGGAAGUCCCCAAGCCAGACUACCCCGUGGUUGGGGAGCCACAGGUUGCCAGCCUUCCAGCCAACCGUUCCCUGACAGAAGGCCUGGUUCUGGACACAAUGAAUGACAGCCUGAGCAAGAUUCUGCUGGACAUCAGCUUCCCUGGCCUGGAGGAGGACCUGUUGGGCCCUGACAACAUCAACUGGGCUCAGCUCCUGCCUGAGCUGCGGUAGAGACCUGACCUUACCCUUGCUGCUCAAGCUGUCCACUCUGGGCCAUCCAGGAGUGGGUGGGCCAUCCAAGGCCUGAGUAAGGACGGCAAGCAGGGACUGUCCGCCCUCUAGCCCCACCUUGUUAUGCCAAGGCAGACAUCGUGCCAUAGUCACCACUGGGCCCUCUACAAGCCUCGAGGCCCUGGUAUCUGAACUCUGUGCCACGCUAUGCUCCCCUAGAGAAUCUGAUUCCUCAAUCCCCCUGCGAGAGCUGAAGCGUGAGCAUAGCAGAAACAAGGAUGAAAAGAGAUUAGGAACUCCCCAAACUGUUUGUAUUGUGCCCAGCAGUUUCACCUUCCCUGUUCCUUGCAGGGUGUCCUGUAAAUAGUGUAUAUGCUCCAA